AUGAAACUAGCUACAAAAGAAUCGCUAAUAAGAAUGGUAUACUCGUACCACGUUCAUAGAAACAAUUUAAGAACAUCAACAGAGACAACAGGCGUUAUUAAUUCUCCCUGAAUAUAAGACUAUAUAUAUACUUAUAACUGAAAAGUAACACCGACUUUUUCCUUAUUUCUAUAUAUCAAAAUUGAAGCUUCUUAUUCACUCAUUCUAGUCGCUCGAUUUUGGUAAUUCAAUUACGAGUUCAUUGCCUCGCAGUUAUGCCAACAACGUAAUAAGGUAAGAUUAUUCUACAAAUGUAAUCUCUCUCAACAUUUGUGUACAUUCUAUACUUCACUUUUUGUUUAAUCUUUCUUUUCACACGAACGUGCAAUAUACAAUUCGACGAAUAAGUAUUUUAAUAUUUUAUAGAUCAGCUGAUUAAAUAUUUGUAGUGGUACCAGUGGUGUUCUAUCUCUAGCUCCAUUCAUUAUGAAACAUAAAUCAUCUACGCAAAAUUACACGUUGAUAUACCUAUGCUCGUUUUGAAAGUACGAUACGACCGAAAAAAUUGACUGUUGCUUCUGUUUUCCACAUAUUACUUAAAAUUGAUAUUCUUUCAUUUUUAUUAGUGUUUUAAUAUGUCGACUAUUCCAAGAAAAAGGAAAAACCCAUCAAACUUGAAGGUAACAUAUAGUUCCAUAUCGUAUUUUUGAAAGAAAUACAAAAAUUUCCUAACCUAAUUUUUAUUUACAGAGCAUAGGUAAUCACGAUGAAUUUUUAACUCGCAUAUCAAAAUCGCUUUACUAUUCGAAACUACCAGUGACCGAUUGCCUCAGUUUACCUGUUACUGGUUAGUAUCACUAAUUUUUAAAAAUAUUGAUAUACUCGCUAUUGAAUAUAUUAUAAAAGAAAAUUAUAACUAUUAUAUAGUUUCAAACAUACACACGCGUGCGCAUUCUAAUUCUAACAAUAUAAUAGUCUUAAAAAAUUAUUUGUAUCAAAAGUAAUAUAUUAUUUUUUUAUAACCUAUAUGCUAUUGUAUUUUAACUGUCUAAGUAACUAAUAAUUUAUAAAUUAUUAUAAUACUUGAGCAAACUUUCUAUAUUUUGACAUUUUAAUGAUGUUAUACAAUUAAGUAGUUCUUAUCAUUAAUGAUUAUGUAAUUAAACUUUAUUUUUAGAAUUGGCAGCAGAGUUGUUCACUGAAGUAAAGGGUAGUUAUACGCUUGAAAGAUUGGAUGUGGAAGAGGCUAGCAAAAUAUCUAGAAAUGCAUGUGUUUCACCAUGUUCCUUGGUUUUGGCAUUAUUGUACUUGGAGAGAUUAAAAGAUUGUAAUCCACAAUAUCUUCAACAAGUGGCACCUUCUGAGCUCUUCCUUGUUUCCUUGAUGGUGGCUAGUAAAUUUUUAAACGAUGAGGGAGAAGAAAAUGAAGUUUUUAAUACUGAAUGGGCACAAUCAGGUGAUCUGACUGUAUUACAAAUAAAUCAAUUAGAAAAGGACUUUCUCAAAGCUAUUGUAAGCAAAUUAAAUAUAUUACCGUAUUUACAACGUAUCAAUUUAUAUACAAAUAUUUACAAGACCUUGUCAAUUAUUCAGGAUUGGACUGUUUUUGUUUAUCAUCAAGACUUUUGGGAAAGAUUACAAAAAUUAGAAAAAGAUGUAGCCUAUAAAGAAGCACAGAAAAGAGGCUGGUUUUCAUAUACAGAAUUAACUUGCCUAAUGAAUUCAAUGCAAUUAAUAGCAGUAGCACAAGCUGUGGUAAAUAUAUCGUCCAUUUGUCUGGCAACAUAUACUGCAGGAGUAGUUACUCUUUUAGGCUCUGCCUUGGUUGCAAGCUGUCUUCCAGGAACAGUACUUAGUCCAACAAUUAAUUCUACAAAUAUUAUGAAAAUAGAUCUUAAUUCAGUAACAGAUAUAAUAUCAUCCAUUGAAGAAAAUAUUUUAUCGAAAGAUAUUUUAACGCCAAAUUUUAUGUCUACGUCUUUAAAUUGUAAUCAAUCUCAACAAAAUUGUGAAUACAUUGAGACAAACGAUGUUACUAAUAUAAAUUGGAAAUGGUGGUUAAAUUCUAUGAUGAUCCAGCUAUCAGAAUUUUCAGAUCCAGAAUCGAAAAAGUUGCAUACAGCAAACGAUAAAACCGAACAUAUAGACAUAUCAAUAACAACAAAAUUCUUUUUCGACAUCACUAUAUCAGAUGAACCUUUAAUAAAAUUCUGGAAACAAAUAUUGAAUAUAGAUCUGAAAAUUCUUUUACACGAGUGGCGAUAUUACGCGAAUUGCGUACAAAGUACAAAAUUAACAUUCGAUCAUCAGCAUUGA